CACGGUCGUCCCCGCGCGCGGCGUGGAUCGCGGCCCAAGCCGCCAUUGUUCCGCCGAGGGAGGACAGCGGGGCCUGGCGCUGGCGCCGAGACGCCGCUUAGCGGCCGCCACUGGAGACACUCCCUCCCGCCUCCCGGGUCUCCUGGCGGCGGCGGAGUGAGGCUGACAGCGGGGAACCUGGGAGACCCCUCCGCCCUCCCCGCAGUGGCAGCGGCCGAUCCCCGGCUCCGGCGCGAGGGACGGCCGCGAUGCGCUCGGCCUGAGGCUACCUGGCCCGGCCCUUCCUCGCUUCCCUUGACUAUUCCACUGCGUCUCCGCGCCCCGGCGUCAUCCUGCGAGUCCCUCUGACGGGAGGGAAGAUGGCUGCACGGAGCUGGCAGGACGAGCUGGCCCAGCAGGCCGAGGAGGGCUCGGCCCGGCUGCGGGAAAUGCUCUCGGUUGGCCUAGGCUUUCUGCGCACCGAGUUGGGCCUCGACCUGGGGCUGGAGCCGAAACGGUACCCCGGCUGGGUGAUCCUGGUGGGCACGGGCGCGCUCGGGCUGCUGCUGCUGUUUCUGCUGGGCUACGGCUGGGCCGCGGCUUGCGCCGGCGCCCGCAAAAAGCGGAGGAGCCCGCCCCGCAAGCGGGAGGAGGCGGCGGCCGCGCCAGCCCCGGCCCCCGACGACCUGGCCUUGCUGAAGAAUCUCCGGAGCGAGGAACAGAAGAAGAAGAACCGGAAGAAACUGUCCGAGAAGCCCAAACCAAAUGGGCGGACUGUUGAAGUGGCUGAGGGUGAAGCUGUUCGAACACCUCAAAGUGUAACAGCAAAGCAGCCACCAGAGAUUGACAAGAAAAAUGAAAAGUCAAAGAAAAAUAAGAAGAAAUCAAAGUCAGAUGCUAAAGCAGUGCAAAACAGUUCACGCCAUGAUGGAAAGGAAGUUGAUGAAGGAGCCUGGGAAACUAAAAUUAGUCACAGAGAGAAACGACAGCAGCGUAAACGUGAUAAGGUGCUGACUGAUUCUGGUUCAUUGGAUUCAACUAUCCCUGGGAUAGAAAAUACCAUCACAGUUACCACCGAGCAACUUACAACCGCAUCAUUUCCUGUUGGUUCCAAGAAGAAUAAAGGUGAUUCUCAUCUAAAUGUUCAAGUUAGCAACUUUAAAUCUGGAAAAGGAGAUUCUACACUUCAGGUUUCUUCAGGAUUGAAUGAAAACCUCACUGUCAAUGGAGGAGGCUGGAAUGAAAAAUCUGUAAAACUCUCCUCACAGAUCAAUGCAGGUGAGGAGAAGUGGAACUCCGUUUCACCUGCUUCUGCAGGAAAGAGGAAAACUGAGCCAUCUGCCUGGAGUCAAGACACUGGAGAUGCUAAUGCAAAUGGAAAAGACUGGGGAAGGAGUUGGAGUGACCGUUCAAUAUUUUCUGGCAUUGCUGCUUGGUCUAGUGUGGAUAGGGGAAUGAAUACCUCUGAACAGAAUUCUGCUUCUUUUGCAUCUCUCACACUUAACUCUGCUGUUUCUGGGUCUACUGCUGAGCCAGUUUCUCAGUCUACCACUUCUGAUUAUCAGUGGGAUGUUAGCCGUAAUCAACCCUAUAUCGAUGAUGAAUGGUCUGGGUUAAAUGGUCUGUCUUCUGCUGAUCCCAACUCUGAUUGGAAUGCACCAGCAGAAGAGUGGGGCAAUUGGGUAGACGAAGAAAGAGCUUCACUUCUAAAGUCCCAGGAACCAAUUCCUGAUGAUCAAAAGGUCUCAGAUGAUGAUAAAGAAAAGGGAGAGGGAGCUCUUCCAACUGGGAAAUCCAAAAAGAAAAAAAAGAAAAAGAAGAAGCAAGGUGAAGAUAACUCUACUGCACAGGACACAGAAGAAUUAGAAAAAGAGAUUAGAGAAGAGCUUCCAGUGAAUACCUCUAAAACCCGUCCAAAACAGGAAAAAGCUUUUUCCUUGAAGACCAUAAGCACUAGUGAUCCAGCUGAAGUACUCGUCAAAAAUAGCCAGCCUAUCAAGACUCUUCCACCUGCUACUUCUACCGAGCCAUCUGUAAUCUUAUCAAAAAGUGAUUCUGACAAGAGCUCUUCCCAAGUGCCGCCAAUACUACAAGAGACAGAUAAAUCCAAGUCAAAUACCAAGCAAAAUAGUGUGCCUCCUUCACAGACCAAGUCUGAAACUAGCUGGGAAUCUCCCAAACAAAUAAAAAAGAAGAAAAAAGCCAGACGAGAAACGUGAAAUUUUUUUUCCUGAAUUGGACAUGUGUUUGCAAACACUGUCUUGAAGAUUAUGCUGUUUAUGCAAUAAUUUGUGAACAUGUACAGAGUUUUAUAUAAAUUUAAACCAAUUUUUAAAACAAAACUGCGGACACAACCACCAUAAAAAUGGAAUCAAAAGAAAGUUAAUUUAUGAAAUUAAGAGGUCGGCAGAAUAUACUCAGUGAUGGAAGACACUUGGGAAAGUCUUUUUAAUUGAAAGAACGAUCUUAAUUGAAGAAUAUUAUCCUGGUUUAACAACAGUGCCCUGUUUACAACAGAUUGUGCCCUAUCUCAUCUGCAGCCAAGGAAAAAAGGAUUCUGAUUAGAAAGAGGGUUGCCUAUGAAUUAGUAAGCAAUUCCUUGGAUCUUAUGCACAGAACUUGUACCAUUUGAAUCUGUUUUACGCUUAAAUCAAAGUGCUUUGAUCAAAUGCAUAACCUGCCAUAUCUUUACAUAUUUGUUGGUAGCAAUUUGUAUUAAAGAAAUCACAAGUGCAAAUAAAAAGUCAUUUAUCAUUUGUUUAACUAAACUGUCAUGGUUUAGUUUACAAUUUUUAAAAAGUUCUUAAAAUACUGAAAAUGCAGUUGACACUUGUAUGGCUUAUGAAGUUAUUUUUGAUAGUCUUACAUUACUUGAAUUGUUCAAAGUACAGUAUAUUUUAAAUUAAGAAAAGUGAACUAUAUGUAUUUGUUUUAUACAUUUAAGGCUUAGACUCAUAAAUAAUGCUAUUGUUUAUGAUUUGAAAAUUUUCAGGCAAAAUCCAAUUUACAUUUUUCCUUUCCCUAGCAAUUACUUUUUUCCAGCUUCAACUCUUCUUAGUUACUAAUACUUUUUUGACUUUAAAAAUGAAAUCAUUCACAAACUUUUGGUAUAUGAUGGAGAAUGAAAAACUAGAGUCAGACAGCUUUAAUUGACAUUGUCAAGACCUCCAGUUAUCAGGAAUACAUUUUUUUACUGCCUUAACCUGUAGUGCGUAGAAUAUGCAUCAAUUUCUUGAAGGGGAUUCAUGUUUUUAUAAGAAUUUUCAUGUAAUUAUUGCAAUUGUGGUCAAAUAAGGAACGUUUCCUGCUUGAAAUUAUAUUGAUUUAAAUGAUGUGUGAGAUGUUUCACCAUUUUCAGGCACUGUGUAAUUCUAUUGUAAUAAACUGGCAGGUAUCUUUGUAACUAUAAAUAGUGCAUGCUCAGCCAUGUACACUGUAAAUAGCCUUUACCAAACGUGUUUGACAAGGACCAUAAUUAACAUCACUUAGUGAAUUGUGAUAAAGAAAAAAAAGCCAUGAUUUAUUCAAUGUGAUUGGCUUGUUUUUAUGUGGCGCCAAGAAUGGACCUGUUUAACAGCUGUAACCAAUGGUACUGAUCUAUCCAUCCAAUGUUGUCAUUAUAUUUGAUUGUGGUUCAACAGUAUUGUGUUGUCAGACUAGGAAAGCUAAACAAACAAAAUGGUUUUAGUUUUGCUGAAGACUGGCCUUAUUAAUGGACAGCUUUCCUAACAAGAGAUUAUUAACUUUUAUCAGGUGUUAACAUCUGUUUCAGGAACAUGGCAGUAUGUUUACAUGUCAGAAGUUUUGUUUAAUUCUAUGGUAUUUCUAAAUUGACUUGUUUAAAUAAAUUCAGCAAAUGGA